AUGUACGACAUCAACAAAGUGGUCAGUGUGGAGGUGCGGAGUGCAGAGCUGGGGGUGCUGAACAGCGAAGAGCUCAGGAGGAUUUCUCUGGGAAAGUAUGAGACCGAAUUGAUGGAGUAUGAAAAAACAAGCUCCAAUGGAGUGACCUCCAAAAUGUAUUUCGAUCCCAAAUAUGGGACAAUCGAUUAUAGACAGAUUUGUAGCGUCUGUUUUGAAAGGCAUGAAAACUGCCUGGGACAUAUUGGACACUUAGAAUUCACGCUUCCAUUAUUCAAUCCGUUAUUUUACAAAGACCUCUGUGAGCUGCUAGGACUAGUCUGUCUGAACUGCUACCAACUGUGUUGCUCUGAGGAUACAGGUUUUUUGUUGAAGCAUAUUUACCAGCUGAGGGCUCUGAACGAGAUCGAGAGCUCCAAUAAGAUCGUCUGCAAGAGGAACUACGACAGGGAGUACGUCGUCGAGGAGAUUGAGAAUCUUUAUAGGAGGAUUUGUGAGCAGGGGGGCGGGACAACCUCCGGGGAGGAGCUCGACGCGACGAAUUACACGAGUGAAGGGGAGAAACAGAACGAUGAAAUCGAAGCGGCGGGGAAGGAUUACCAAAUUGAAAAUGACGGGGGGGACUACGAAAUCGAAACGGACGGAGGGAACCACGCCAACCGAGUAGACACAUCCAACAGCACAGACGAAGCUGAGGAGGGAACCCACCAGAAGGGGCACCUCCCCCCGGUCAACCUGAAGAAGCUGAAGGAGAAAAUUAAAAGGUUUAACUUCGACCCGACCAAGCUCGCCUUCCAGUCCAACUACAACUAUGAGGAGUACCUACAGCUGACGAAGACACUCAAAUUUAUCAUGAAGAAGAGUGGACGUUGCCAGAGCUGCAAAUUUAGGAGAAACAUAUCGGCCAGGAUGUCCCAGAAGAGAGACACUAUUAAUUUUGUUGGCCUAUACCUGCAGAACUCAUUUUUGAAGAAGUAUAUGCGAUCGGGGAAGAAGCGGGGGCAGGGGGACGGCCCCGUGGAUGGGGAGGAGGAGCUGGAGGAGAUGGUGGAGCGCGACGAGGCAGAUGAAGUUGGGAUCGAGGCGGACGAGGCAGAUGAAGUGGCAAUGGCGGCGAACGAGAUGGACACCGCUUCCCCUUCUCCCGCCCCUUCUCUCCCCCAAAUGGUGAAGAACUACAAGAAGCAGAACGUCAAGGAGAAGAGCACCUUGAGGCUCUUCAGCUUCCAAGUGAUCGCUCUGCUGGAAAAGAUUUUCAAAAAAAACGAUCGAGAGAUUAUGACACUGUUGUAUCCAUUCACAAAGAGGGACGGACACAAAGUGUUUUUCCUGCACGACAUGGGGAUCAGUGCCAACAGAUUCAGAGUAAAACGCAGGGGGGUUCAUAAAAAAUCGAAGAUGAUCAAUGUGCUAAGUAAGUUUAACGCUCUCCUGAAUCUAUGCAUUAGUGCGAAGAAGGAAGUCAAUUUCGAGGAUCUUAUAGAAAAAAACAAGAGGGAACUGCACCUCUACAAGGAAAUGUUCUCCCUCUUCUCAAUCCGAGUGAAGUACAAAUUCAAUGCUGACAUUAUGGAUGACGAUACGGAGAUCACCAAAGUGGAUUUCUUAAGAAACUAUGACCUCAUUUACCGAAAUAAGAGUGCCUAUAUUAACAUUCUAUUCAGCAACCUGCAGGUUGCAGUGAAUAGCUUCUUUGACAGCAGCUUCGCUGUGCAUCUACCGAAUGCAAAAAUGAGUAACCAGGGAGUGAGGGAGAUCCUCGACAAGAAGGAAGGAAUUCUGAGAAAAAACAUAAUGGGAAAGAGAGUAAACAAUUGUGCUCGUACAGUCAUUUCUCCAGAUACCUUCAUAGAGACAAAUCAGAUCGGAGUGCCACUCGAGUUUGCAAAAAAGCUAACUAUGGAUGAGUGCAUUACGGAGAAUAAUUUCGAUUAUGUGAAGCGGCUCAUUCUAAACGGACCCGACAUCUACCCUGGUGCGUUAAGUUAUAGAGACUCAAAGGGAAACGUUUUUAAGCUCUCCGAGGAUUACGAAAAAAGAGCCAUUCUGGUAAGGCAGCUGGAAAGGAUGAACUUGAGGAAGCAGAGCUCAACGCUGGUAUUACACCGACAUGCUCGAGAUGGAGACAUCGUCAUCAUGAAUAGACAGCCAACUCUGCACAAGUUUUCCAUCAUGGCUCACUUCAUUAAGAUCUUCGAAAAGGAGAAAGUGUUCCGUUUGAACUAUGUUAAUUGUAGCUCCUACAAUGCAGACUUCGAUGGGGACGAAAUGAAUCUGCACCUUCUUCAAACAGCACAUGCGAGAUCGGAGGCGACGCACUUGAUGAAUAGCGAUUUUCUCUUCACGAGUUUUAAGGACGGCUCUCCGUUGAGAGGUCUGGCACAGGAUUUCAUCCUGGGAGGACUCCACUUGACUUCUCUGGAGACGUUCCUCAACUACGACGAGUACUGCAAUCUUCUGCAGUGCGCCCUGAACUGUUUGCUCUCCCGGAAGGAUUGCUUCUUCUUCGAAAGGGGGAGGAGACCCACUGGAGGGGGCAACUCCCCCCAUAGCAGCUGGAGGAUACGAUGGAAGAUACGAAACCACAGCUACCUGGACCCCUACGCCGUGGUGCUGAACAGAACCCACUUCACCAUCGUGACGGAGCAGCCCGCCAUCCUCUUCCCAAGGAGACUCUGGACAGGCAAGCAGCUCAUAACUAGUAUACUGAAGACCAUAAUAGAUCGAGUUGCCAUCGAGACGUACAAUCAGAGGAGAGACAAUGAAUUUAUGCGAAAUUACAAAGGGAUAAACUACUAUGCGAAGGCCAAGACAGAUCCAUCACUCUGGUCUUUCGAUCCAAUAAAUGAAUGCGAAGUGAUAAUUAAAAAUUCCGAGUUACUCCAAGGAGUCCUAGACAAACUACAUUUCGGAGCUAGCUCAAACAGUUUUGUUCAUUUAUGCUAUGAAUUGUUCGGCCCGAAAACCGCAGCAGUUAUGUUGGACUGUUUUGGAAGGCUCUUCAUUAGCUUCUUGCAGUUACGGGGUACAAGUCUCAGUCUUUACGAUUUUAUUCUCAAGAAAGACGCCAGGGAGGAAAAGCGAAACAUACGAAAGAGGAUCUCCUUCACUGGAUUUUAUCUCCAGAAUUUAUUCACUCACUCUAUUGCCAAAGCUCUCAAUGCAGACAUCAGUCAGAUGAAUGCUUACAGCAGGGAGAAGUUAAAUUCGCACAACGAGAACAACGAUAUGUUUGUGAAUGGCCUGUAUGAUCGGUACAGACGUAGGAGUGACUUCAUCAAUGACUGCCGAGCGGGGGGGUUCCCAGUGAAUCUACUUCCAACUGAAAAGCGGAGGAAAGGGAGCCACCACCCGAGUGAGCCACAUCAAGAUGAGAAGGGUCCUGCUCCAUCCGAGGACCACCUGGACAUAAAGGGAGAGACCUACUUCGCCGCUCUUCUGAACAAGGAAAUACAGCACCUGUUGGCGCAGCGCCCGGGGAGAGAGGGCGACGAUUUGGGGCCCUCCUCCCGCGUAGAGCGCGCGCUGGACAGAAUGAUGAGGAGGCGGCCACUCCGGAGGGAAGGAGGGGAAGCGGACGAUGCAGACGAAGCGGAGGAAGAAGACAAAGCGGACGAUGCAGACGAAGCGAACGAAGCGGAGGAACAACCGCCCCCUCCCCUUUGCAGCACGCUGGUGAGGAAACUCUUCCGGUCGCUUAGCGAACCCAGUUUCAUGGACACCCCUAACUUUUCGGGGCACAAGGCCAUGAGGGUAAUAAAAAAGGUUCUUCAUUUUUUGAGGAGAGCCAGGUGCAGCAGGAAGCUCAAGGUAUACGUCUUGUUUGAGAUGUUCCAGAGCCGAAGUGUGUUGAAACACUUCCCCGCAUUGGCUAGCUGCGUGAACGACCUCUCACACGAGGUGAGCAAUGAGGAGAUCUUGCAUCACGUGCUGAGUAGCAUCAGCGCGGAAAGGGCGCAGGGGCAAGCAGAGCAGCAGGAGAAGCGGGAGCAGUCGGAUGAACCGGAUGAACCGGAUGAACCGGAACAACCACAGCAACGGGGAAGAGGAGCCACUACGCAGGAAAUGCUGACGAAAUUUUUGCGCCUAUUGGAGGACAUGGAAGAGUGGCGCGGGUUUGAAGAGCACAGUGAAGAGGAACAGGGAGGCAGACAACCGUACGGGGGAGAGCAUGACGAGCCCCCCCAUCGUAUAAACGAACAUGACGAACGAACGAUAAGGGACUGUCUGAAGAAGAGCUUCCCAUCGUUUCUACUGAACGACGAGAUAGGCAAUCUAUCAUUUAAUGGAAAGGAGCACUACUACGAGGAUUACGUGAAUCAGAAAGGAACGGAUGAAGACACGAGCUUCCAAUUUUAUAAUAUGAAAGAUGUAUAUAAUAAGCUGGAGUACCUCAUCGGAACGUACUUUCUCCAGAUGAGAGGCGAUUUCGACGGAUUAAUUGACUCUCUCUUCCAGCCAUACCUUUGUCGUAUCUCCUCAAAUACGAACAAUCUAAUCUCAAUGGAGAACCUAAUGAAUAAGUUCUUAAACAACGGAUUCAGCAAUAUGAUUUUUACCGGUGCGAAAGGGAGCAAAGUGAAUUACGCGAUGAUCUGUGGCAUGCUGGAUCAGCAGUACUUAGAGGGGAAGAGAGUGCCAAGGAUGAGAUCAGGGAAAACAUUGCCUAGUUUUCAUCGAUACGAUUAUGGUGCUAGGGCGUGUGGCCUAAUCACAGAUUGCUUUCUGGAGGGACUAAGACCACAGGAAUACUUUUUCCACUGCAUGUCUGGAAGAGAGGGACUUAUCGACACAGCCGUGAAGACGGCCAAAUCGGGCUACAUUCAGAGGUGCCUCAUUAAAUGCAUGGAGUCCGUGAUACUGCACUAUGAUGGAACGGUCAGGAAUGAGGACAAUGCAAUUAUCCAGUUUCUGUAUGGCGAGGAUGGUAUCGACCCGUCCAGGAUUUCCUACCUCGAUACGCCCAAGGAUCUGAUUAGCAACUACCACGUCGCGUUUAGCAAAUACCUCCUCCACGAUGCCGCGGCGAAGAUGCAGCGGAAUGAGCGACUCUUCGGGGGGAGCGGCAUGGGAAGCAGCGGUGGAAGCAGCGGCGGAAGCGACGAGGGCUGCGACGAGUGCGACCCCCUCGAGACCCACUUCUCGCCCUACUCGUACAUAGGAGCGACAUCCGAGCGCUUCCGAGAGAAGCUCCACCACACCAUAGCGAAUGACCUGAACCUCGCCGACUGCUACAGCCUCCCGGAGGACUUCGACAUGCAGUCUGCAUCCCUCCUCAAGUCCAAGUAUUUCAGAUCCCUCUGCGACCCGGGAGAGUCAAUCGGCAUAUUGGUAGCCCAAUCAUUUGGGGAGCCCGCCACGCAAAUGACUCUUAACACAUUCCACUUGGCUGGAACGGAGAACGUCACGAUGGGAAUCCCCCGACUGAAGGAGAUUUUCCUCACCUCUAAGUUGACUUCCAAACCGAUGAUAUAUGUGCCGAUCAAGAUGGACGAAGAACGAGGGACCACCACCGCCAGCGAUGCGAACGCGAUGAGAAGUUACAUUAGCGAAAUUGCGGAGAAAAUAUUGAGUACGUACAAAAGCAUAUGCUUGAGUGAUGUGAUUUAUGGUGUGGGUGUCGAUAGGAAGUUGAUUCUGCGAGAAGCGGGGGCAAAGAACACACAGAUGCAUACUCUCCGAGUGGUUAACAGCGGAGGGGAAGACCCCCUCGAAACGCAGGGAGGAGGAGAGUAUGUCUCCACCGCCCCCGAGGGGGAUGUACAAGCAGCCAAAGUGAUGAACGCACUAAAGAAGACACAACUAAGCUUUGACAUCGAGAAGGAGUGGAAUUACGAGAUCGUUAUCCAGUUUGAGAACCUCCACCAUUUCUGCAGAGUGAAUAACCAUAUAACCGUGCCGGUCAUUUUAAGUAAAGCAGUGAACUGUGUCCUGUGCUCCGUUCUGACUAAGAUACAGGAGAGCUUACUUGCUUACAACAUGCGACAUGUUCACUCCUUCUCUCAUGAACACUACGAUGAGUUGUUCGAAUUUGUCUCCUCGAAGAUGCAGGAGGAAUUCAAUUUCCAGAUGGAGAAAUUUGAAUACAAGAAUGACGAGGAUAAGAUUAACGCUAAGUUGAAGUUUAUGACCUCCAGGGGGGGAAGUACAGCAGGGGGAGGAGCAGCCGGGAUCGGAUCCACGAACGACACCGACGCUGGUAUCAUACGAGAUGAGAAUCACAUAGACGAGGAAGACGGCUAUAACGACGGAGGAGGAAGGGGUGGCUUCUUUGAGAAGGGAACCAACGGAGGAGCUCCUUCCAGCAAGUAUGGUAAUGAAGAAGAGGCACUAAGUGACGACAUGGAUGGAAAAACCUUUGGAGGGAGCAAUAACCAUGAUGGUGGAGAGGACAACACGGAGGAUGAGGGGUAUGGCGGGCAGGAUGGAAAGAAAAGACAGAGCGGCAGCAGCAGCGAAUCGGAGGAGGAAGCUGAUGGUGACGCAGACUCUGCGUCUGAAGAGGAGAAAGACUACGACGAAAGUGAGAGAAGCGAGGGGGACUUGGAGGAGGAGGAGGACGACGAGCGGCUGGAAGAGGAGGAGCAGCUGGACGGGGAGGAGCAGCUGGACAGGGAGGAGCAGCUCGACGAGGGGAACGUUAUCCCCCUGACGAGUGCAAAGGAAACGCGCAAGCGGGGAAGAACUACAGAUAUGAAAUCCCAACUUUCGGAAGAGUCCGACAUGGCCCGCACGGAUAACGGGUUCUCCUUCGCCCCCAGUAUCACACAUAAUGCCCCGCUGAUGGAGGAGGGUUGCACGAAGGAGAAGCGACGGGCAGUUGGGGGGGCUCCUAGAGUGGAACCUGCCAGCGGGGCUGCGAAGCUGACGACGAACGGGUCCCCCCUCUCCGAGAGGUCCACAUCGGCGGAGCGGAUCGGGGAAGAGGUCUACACAGAGGAGAGCGGGAACCAGUCAGACGGGGAGGUAGUCUACCGAGGCGAUGAGAAGGAGGACUACCGAGGCGAUGAGAAGGAGGACUACUGUGACGAUGAAAAGGAGGACUACCGAGAAGACGAAAGCAAAGACUACCGCAGCGAUGCCAGCCGAGACGAUGCGUGGGAAAAGAGAAUCGCCAACGACUUCGCAAACCUCCCAUACGACUAUAAAAAUAACGUGAACAUACAGAACGGUAGUGACGACGGGGAGGAUGACGAAAGAAUGGAAGGAGAACACAGCACAGCGAAAAUGCAAAGUGAAAACAAAAAGUGUGUAAAAAAUAUCAUGGAAAAGCUAAAGUCCAGUCUGUUGUGCUUCGUCAAGAACAUCAGCUUCUCUCCAGUGACAUGGACACUCAAAUUUGAGAUCGGAUGGGACAUUAACUUCUUCCCUCACGCCAUUGAUUUCUUAAGUUACGUGCAGACAGAACUAGCCAAAGAAAUCCUUUUUAAAGUUAAAGAUCUGAAUAAUCCCAAAGUGCUAAAAGGGAAGGACAUAACACACACCGGUGCUGAGUAUGAGCUGCAGAUCGAAGGGAAGAAUAUUUUUAAGCUUUACAAUAUCAAGGAUAAAUUUAUUGAUAAGACGAAACUGUAUUGUAACGACAUUUAUACGAUCGUGAAGACGUAUGGGAUUGAGGCAGGUCGACUGUGUAUUACGAAGGAGCUCAAGAAGGUGUUUGAGGCCUACGGAAUUAAGAUCGAUUUCCGCCAUCUGUCUUUUAUUAGCGAUUUUAUGACGCACACAGGCGACCUCAAAUCGUUCAGCAGACACGGACUGGGGUGCUUCCGCAACGUCUUCCACAAGAUGAGCUUCGAGUGCGCCACGAAUUUCCUCACGCAGGGAUGCGUGCACAACUCAAUUGACUACUUGUCGACCGCCUCCAGCAGUUUGUUCUUCGGCAAGCCCAUCAAGGUUGGCACCAACGUCGCUGACAUCGUGACGCACAUCGAGGGGUCCGGAUGA